AUGAAGUCCGAUAACCCACCUACUCUUGAGCUCAAAUCCGCCCUUGCAAUCCGCUCAAAGGUUGUAUCGGUUGCAUCAUCCGAUGUCGUUCCCCAGUGCCCGCCCUCUUGUCCAAGUAUAAUGGACAGAAUUAUCUCCUUAUCGCCAGUUCCGACUAUUGUUUUGGACCCUUCCUUCAAUAUCGUCGAGAUAUCUCGCAGCCAACUUGACUUUUGUGGGCUCCCCCGCGAUGAGUGCAUCGGCGCCAGCGUGUAUGACCUCCACCCCUCCAAAAUCCCCGUGACCAGCACCGAUGAACUUCGAAGAGGAAUCGACAAGGCGAUCUUGCUCAAGAGCGCCUGCAAAAUUGAUAGCAUUGAAGUGGACUCGCACGCUUACUACUGCAAUUUGCGAAUCUCACCUGUCUUUGAAAACGACUCCCUCAUCUAUGUUACGCUGGAGAGCUGCGAUAUUACAAAGCUACACAGCGCGGGCGAUGGCGUCAACCCGUCUCUCGACUCGCCAGAUGUCUACAAGCAGCUGAUCGACAGCGUUAAGCAUGUUGCGAUCUUCAUGUUGACACCUGAAGGGAUUGUGGCUACCUGGAAUGGAGGAGCUUCGGCCCUCAAGGGUUACACUACAGAGGAAAUUAUCGGGCAGCAUUUUUCAGUAUUUUACUCUGCGGAGGACCGUAUGAAAGACAAGCCACGCAAAGAGCUUGCCAAAUGCAUAUUGGAUGGCAAGCUAGAGGAUGAGGGUUGGCGUGUUCGCAAAGACGGCUCCAAAUUCUUUGCCAACGUUGUCAUCAGCCCCGUCUACCGCUUCAACGUCUUGAUCGGCUUCAGUAAAAUCACGCGCGAUAUAACAGAUAGGAAGGAAACGGAGGACCGCUUGAUCGCCGCCUACGAAGAAUCCGCCAAGCUCAAGUCCGAGUUUUUGGCUCAUAUGAGCCACGAAAUCCGCACCCCGAUGCACGGAAUGCUCUCUGCCCUGACCUUGCUUAAAGACACUGGGUUGACUACUAAGCAAUGCGAAUUUGCUGAGAUAGUAGAGCGUUCAGGAUCCAUCCUCCUGCGUGUCAUCAACGAUGUUCUUGACUAUUCCAAGCUCUCCUCUGGAACAUUCUCCCUCAAUUCAGACCUGUUGAACGUACGAGAAAUCCAAAAUGUUUCGCUCCAACAGUGCAGGAACUUGUUAAAGCCUGGGGUGACGCUGACGUCCGAAAUAGCCGAGGAUAUACCAGAAUUCUGCAAAGGUGACCCUACGCGGUAUCAACAGAUACUCCAGAACUUACUUGUGAACGCGGCCAAGUUUACCGAAUCCGGGUCGAUCCACGUCACGGCUGUCCUAAAGGAUGACAAGGGAUCAGCCCUCCAUAUUUAUACUGAAGUUAUCGAUACGGGAAUUGGGGUGCUUUCUGCCACUGCGAAACAUCUUUUCGACCCUUUUGCUCAGUCUCUCAGCGAAACCGGCGAGCAUUACCAAGGAACCGGCCUCGGACUAGCGAUCUGCAGAAAUCUAGUUGACCUUAUGGGAGGCUCAAUCGGAUAUCAUCCCAACAAAAGCGGACGGGGUUCCAUCUUUUGGUUUUACGUGCGAUUAGGGAAAGUGAGCAUGGCGUCCAGUUCGAGUGAUUCGGAAGAAUGCUCUCCGGCCACGGUGGAGCCGAUUGAGGAGCUCAGAACCAUUGCUUCCGGUAAGCAACUUAUGUUGGUCGAGGACAACAGGAUAAGCCAAGCCGUUAUGCUGAAGUUAUUGAACAACUUGGGCUUUGAGAGAAUCGACGCUGCUUAUGAUGGUGCCCAAGCGUUAAAACUGCUGCGGGCGAAACCGUUUUCCUACCACGCCGUUUUGAUGGAUAUCAACAUGCCCGUCCUUGAUGGCGUGAAAACCACCAUGGAGAUACGGAACACGUUGAAACUUGAUGUCCCUAUCAUCGCGAUGACAGCGAAUGCCCUAAAGGGUGAUGCGGAAUCAUAUUUGUCAAAGGGGAUGGACGGAUACAUCGCUAAACCAGUAAAUAGGAACCUCCUGUAUCUUAUUUCUGGUCUUGUUUCUUUUGUUCCCGUCACGGUUCAUUGCAAUCCUCGCGGCAGAACGCUUAGAAUCUCGAGAACACGCCAUAAGCGAACCAAGCGGCGCCUGAGUAACGACUCUCAAAGCCAGACUUCAAUUCAAACCCGUUUCCACACCCUUUAUCGGCAUCCAGUUUGCGUUAUUUUGCCAACUCGUGCUUGUGUAUGCCCCUUCAAUUCCCGUGGACAUCCAUCCGGAACGUUGACCUGCCACAAAUCUACACCCGUCUUACGGCAACUGGCGCCCUGUUCCUUGCACUCUGGCACGGGCACGAAAACAGAAUUCCACGAGCAGCCAAGGCGGUGCAAGAGACGAACGACACCUGCCAUGGAUAGCCACGAGGGCCCUCCAAAGGGCUCUACCCACCACAACAACCACACCCAUAAUAAUGCCCCCGCCCCGCCAAAUCCACCUAGCAUAGAAGCGGCCUACAAACGCAAAUGUAUCGAGCUGAAAAAACGCCUGAACGAAGUCGAAGCCGCCAACGACGCAAUGCGAAUCCGCAACGCUCAGGGUCACCGCUACAUACAGAAAAUGCGACUAGAGUCCUGUAUGCUUCUCGAGCGCCUGGCGGUGUUGACGGGCAUGGCUGAGGAACAGGGGAUUAGUACGGAGUUGCGCGCGCGUACUGUGGCGUUGUUGAAGGAGAUGGAUCCUCAUUACACGCCCGCGGCGCAUGCGAAUCGCGGACGAGGAGCGGGAGGAGCGGGGGAAGGCUCUUCUUCCGUGGGUGUCAAGCGUGCGUCUUACGGAAUUGAUUACAUGGAUGAUGGCACUGAAGGGAGCUCCGAGGGGCAUCCGCCAACUCCCCAGGAACGCCCUCUUCGAGUGAAACGUAGCCGCCGCGCCGACGACUUCACUGCCAACCUCGACACGCCAGACAAAGACAUCGACCUCAUGAACCUGAACAUGAACACCUCCACCACACUCCCACCUCUCCUGCCAGCUACUAGACGCCGUUCCCCACCUACCACCCACGACCUCGACAGCCGUAUAAAACACUAUAACCCACCACCCGUUCCCAUAUCUUCCUCUUCAGCAAUAGACCAUCAUUAUAACCGCCAGCCCCCUCUCGCCCAAUCUCCCACCAAUCACAACAAUAGCCACCACCACCGACACCAUUGCGGCAGCGGCAACAAUUUUGUCCAAGCCCAAGGCCCUACGGCAGCCGUAAUCCAGGAGCCUCAACACGCCAAUCAGCGAUAUAUAUCUGCCUUUGAGGACUUCACCAACCGUACACGGGACAAGGUCAUCCAUGACCUGGUUGACGCGUACGGUCCCGAGACGAAUAUUACGCCUGCUGAUGUCGAUCGUGCACUUGCGGAGCAUUGGGAAUCGUUAGACCCAGCGACGAAAAGGCAGUACGGAGACCGGCGCGAGAGUAGGGAUGGCUUGCAAUAA